UCGCCAAAUUCGUCAUCUACAAUGAUUCAAAUAUCAAAAAACAGAAGUUCGAAGAACAAAAUCUAAAACGUUCAUUAUCAUUUCCCCCUGUAUAAAAGCGCGCUCACGGUGAAAAUAAACAAAGGAAACGAUCUCCCCCGAAGUAGAGCAGAGUUUCUGUCCGAAUUAUACCGUGUCCCUAUCAGAUUUUCAGUGUUCGUAAGCGGAAAGUCGGAAUAAUGUUGUGAGUUGUGAGCUUGAUAUAAUAGGAAUAAACGGAAAUAAAAAGAGUUGAAAAAACUGAUGAAUAUGUUACUCUGAUAAAAAUUCGCUAGUGGAAAUUCCUCAUUCAAAAAUGCAGAAGGCAUCUUCUUUGAGGAACAGGAUCGGCAAGGAAAAACUGUACAAGUAUUUGGACGAUGAAGAAGAAAAAAUCAAAUCGUACAAGCCAAUACCCCUACGCCAUUUCAUUUAUUUUCUGUUAUUGAUAGUGAUAGUAUUCAUUUUAGUCAUAAUUGUAGAAAAAAGGUUACCAAAAGGAUUGAGUAUCGACGAAGAGAAAGAUCAUCCUAAUAAAUUCAUAGCAGAAAGAGCUCAUAUUAUUUUGAGGGAACUGACCAGUGUAGGACCGAGAAUAGCAGGAAGCUACGAGAACGAAGUUCUAGCCGUCAAUUAUCUAAUUAAUCAAACGAAAAAAAUACUUCGUGAAGCGCACGAUAACCAUGUGAUAGAAUUAGAUGUUCAAAAAACGAGCGGCGACUUCAACUUGGAGUUUUUGGACGGUAUGACGAAUGUUUACAGGGAUAUGCAGAAUGUGAUCGUUAAAGUGGGAUCGCGCAUCAAGUCUCCUUAUAGCUUACUCAUCAACUGCCACUUUGAUACUGUUAUAAACAGCCCAGGUGCGAGUGAUGAUGGUGCCGGAUGUGCGGUAAUGAUGGAAAUUCUGAGGGUGAUAACAAAAUCCGAUAAAAUUCUUAGGCAUAAUAUAAUAUUUUUAUUCAAUGGUGGUGAGGAAAACUUCAUGCCAGCCUCCCAUGGCUUCAUCACUCAACACAAAUGGGCUAAAGAGAUUCGUGCCUUUAUCAAUUUGGAAGCUUGUGGCGCAGGCGGUAGAGAAAUUCUCUUCCAGGCCGGUCCUUAUCAUCCGUGGAUUAUGGAAACCUAUUCUGAGGAAGUGCCUUAUCCAUUUGCAUCGUCACUGGCUCAAGAAAUCUUCCAAAGUGGUGUUAUUCCAGGCGAUACAGAUUAUCGCAUAUUCAGGGAUUUCGGCAACCUUUCAGGACUGGAUUUCGCUUGGUCAUCGAAUGGAUAUGUUUAUCACACAGAAUUUGAUUCCCUAGAACAAAUACCUCUGGGUUCUCUGCAGAGAACUGGCGACAAUAUUCUGGCUUUAGCCGUUGGUAUGGCACAAGGGCACCAGCUAUCUAACGUUGAAGAAUAUAAAGCAGGAAAUUUAGUAUUUUUUGACUUCUUAGGAGCCUUCGUUGUUCGAUGGUCCAUGGAAGUCGCCGACUUAAUCAAUAUUUUAUCUGUGAUCAUUUCCGUAUAUUCAUUGUAUGCCAAUAGCAAAACAAUGGAAGCUAGUGACUAUUUAACCAAAAAAAACUAUGUAAAAAAAUUAUUUGGAUGUGUAGGCAGUGUUCUAUGGUCCUGGGUAUCAGCAUUGUUAGGCUGUUUAGCUGUUGCGCUUCUGUUGAAUAGUAUAGGACCUACAAUGAGUUGGUAUGCUAAUCCAGUAUGGAUUUUCUUUUUAUAUGUGAUACCUACAUAUACCGCUUGUAUGUUGACAAUUUACUUACAUGCCAGUUACUUCAACAAGGAUUUGAUAUUAUCUCCUUGGACGCUUUUCCAACUUUAUUUCGACUCAUAUCAGUUAUUAUGGACAGUACUUCUUGCCCUUGGAGUGAUGGCGGGAAUACGAUCAAGCUUUAUACCUCUAAUGUGGGUUAUAGCCGCAACGGUGGAAAACCUUGUCAAAACACAGCUCUACAAAAAAUGGAGAGAUUCUAAAUGGCUGCUGCUCCAUAUUGGAGUGAUGGGAUUGCCCUUUGUUCAGGGAUUUUACUUAACACUAAGUGCUCUCUACCUUUUCAUACCCAUAAUGGGCAGAGCUGGCUCUGCCUCCUAUGCCGAAUACCUCAUCGCCAUCAUGGCUAGUUUGCAAUUUUGCGUCCUUCUUUGCUUCGCAGUACCGAUAAUACUGCUAGUCCAGAAGAUGAAGAAAAUCUUCUCUUUGCUGAUGGGAGUUAUUCUUCUAUCCAUAGCCGUGCUUCUCCUGACACCACUUGGGUUUCCGUAUUCCGGUAAUCCCAAUUGGCUGGCUCCUCAGAGAUUCAUGAUUCUUCAUUCGCAGAGAAUAUAUCGUGGUAUUUCUGGAAGUGUGGAGAACAAUACCUCUGGGUUCUGGAUCGUUGACAUGGACAUCAACAGUCCCCACAGUGUUGAUAGAUAUGUACCCGAAAUGAGAAAUGCUGUAUCUGUCAAUCAGGACUGCCGCGAUUACCUGUAUUGCGGUCUGCCUUAUCUGGUUCCAGUUCUGAAUAUGCUGGGAAAAACGCACUGGAUUCCAACUACUAGUGCUCCCAAAACAACCCCUAUUGUUAUGAAAUAUAAUAGGGAAAAUAUUACGUCCGGCCAACGUCUACAUUUGGAGAUACAAGGUGCGAAUCAUGUCGGAAUAAUGAUUUCUCCAGUUCCCGGUGUCGAAUUGAAGACCUGGAGCUUUAAUUCCAAACAUCCCUUGGCAGGACCCAAGUGGAAUGGCAGGGAAACAUAUUUCAUUUACUACGCCCAUGGCUUAACACCAAAACCUCUGAACUUCUCGUUGGACAUGAAGGUACCUUCUGAUCACAAGGGCUACAUAAUGGAUUUUGCAGUGAGUACACACAACCUAUUCGGAGAGGGAAGAAAGUCAGAAUCUCUAAAGAAAUUUGUCAGCCAAUUUCCUAGAUGGACUACAGUCACAUCCUGGACUGCCACUUACGAAUCAUGGUUACUUUGAUGAUUUAAUUUUGAUAUAAACUACGACAAGUUAAUUUUUCGAUUCAUAAGUCUGGAAGAAGAAAUUUAAUAUGUAUUAUUAUCUUUUAAAUUUCGAUCAAUCGAUCAAAUAAUAUUCCAAAUUGUUUUUUGUUACGGUUGUUAUUCUCAACAGCUCUAAUCAAGAGGAUUGGAAUAUUUAGUGAAGGCUUAAACAGUUGUUCUUACAAUAAUAAAGAUUUACUCUAUUAUA